AUGCUGUACUACGAGCUGCUCCCGCAAGGACAUACUAUCACCGCUGUCACUUAUGCCGCUAGGCUCUGGAACUCUGAAAAGUUAUCCGAGAACUGCGGAAGAUUUGUUUGUCGUCUUUCUCAUGAAGUCUUCUUUCUACAUUACCAUUGUGUCGUCGAUGAUACUGUCACAAUAUUGAACUUCGUUUGGACGCUUUUCAUCAUACUGAAGAAGAAGUUUGAAAAGGGUUGGGUUCAAGAAAACACACAGUUGUAG